AUGGAAAUCCAAUCAGAAGAUCCUCUGUGUCGCAUUUCGGAUCUCAUUACUGUACUGAUUCAGCAUUCCAGCAGUGAGGAGAGAAGAAAGCUAGAGCUAGCCCUGUCUAUUUUCGCCCAAUGCAUGACGAGGCACACCUGCAUGGAUUCGGAAACGGAGCACGAAAUCGAGGAGCAGAUCGAAUGGAUCCGGCUAUACAGGGGGUAUCAAGGUCGAUGUCCAACGUACAGACUGCCGCUGGGUGACAGUUUAAUCCCCGUGACGCAAGACACGGAGCACUUGAUGCCGCAUUUUGCUCACGAAGUACUCGAGGGGUCUCGGACGGUCGCGCACAUGCUAAAUGUGCAACCUCCUGCGCGGUGGACCUAUGUGAGCAGAUUGCGGUUGGACUGCCGCGGUUCUGAAGUCGAAGGAGCAGAACAGCAGUCUGAGCACGAACCGGAUAAAUCGGACGCGUAUGACUCGGAGGCGGAGACUGUUGCCGAUGAUCAAGCUAUAGCAUAUUCGUACGCGUAUUUUUGA